CCCUUCCACUUGUUUCUUCCCGCACCACCACCGACUUCCACCAGAAGUCAACUCAAACAACACGCGCUUCUUCUUGUUUGACCAGCACUACCACCCUACACCGCGCUCAUGAUGGGCGCUACCACAUGGGAUACAACGGCUCCAGCUGCCGACAACAGCUGGAAGACGGACGGCGGCGGCAACGACGGCGGAUGGGAGGCUGACGGCGGCGCUUCCUUGGACAACAACGGUGGCUUCACGGAGGCCAACACCUCAAUGCAUGCCAAUGGCGACUUUGAGGGUGGUGCCAGCAAUGACGGCUGCCGCAUUUGCGGUGCAGACAGCCACUUUGCACGCGACUGCCCUGACAAGCCAGAAGGAGGCGGUCACGGCGGUGGUUGCUUCAACUGCGGCGAGGAGGGUCACAACAAGGCCGAGUGCCCGAACCCACGCGUCGAGCGCGAGUUCACCGGUACUUGUCGUGUGUGCGAGCAAGAAGGCCAUCGCGCCGCCGAGUGCCCAUUGCGACCACCUCAGAAGUGCCGUGCUUGCGGUGUUGAGGGCCACAACGCUUCUGAAUGCGAGGCCAACCGCAUCCACGGCCUCUUCGCACAGCUCAAUGUGCAGGACAAGUCAGCCGAGGAGUCUUGGGCCGACAUUGAGACCGCCGACAAGGAGAAGGAUGUCGACGAGAUCAAGAAGGGCAUCUUCGCUUACGCCAAAGCCUUCCCAGAGCUCACGCUCGAGGAGCUGGAGAAGUCUUUCCGCGACGGUGACAUGAACAUCCACCUGAUCGCCAAGGAGCAAGAGGUCCCGGGAUCCUACACUAUUGUCAACUUUCAAGGCAAGAAGGACCUGAAGUAUGUGGUCUCCUUCCAGUUGGCAGCCAAGCCGAAGCGCGCCAAGUUUGCCGAGGGCUGGCCAUCCUCACCGGAGGAGAACAUGACGCGACUGGCCGAGGCGGGUUUCGUGAUGGACAGCUUCGUGAAGAAGUGCACCAACUGCAGCGAGUUCGGACAUGGAUCCAAGGAGUGCGAGCAAGAGAAGCAGGAUGGAGCUCGGGUGGUGAUCACUUGCGCCAAUUGCAACGAAGAGGGACACCGUGCUCGCGAUUGCCCAGAGCCACGCAAGAGUGGUAAUAGGGGCUGCAAGAACUGCGGCAGUGAGGAGCAUAUGGUCAAGGAGUGCCCCGAGCCUCGCAUGGACCUCGAGUGCAACUUGUGCGGCAAGAAUGGCCACAUGUCUCGCGAGUGCCCGGACAAGCCACCAGAGGUCUGCCGCAACUGCGGCGAGGAGGGCCAUCGCAAGAAUGAGUGCACGAAUGAGCGUAGAUUUCAGUGCCGCAAUUGCGAUGAGUGGGGCCACACUGGCCGCGAGUGCCCAGAGCCUCGUAACAUGGCCAAGGUACAAUGCCGCAACUGCGACGAGAUGGGCCAUGCCAGCAAGGAGUGCCCGCUGCCAACGGACUGGUCUCGGGUCGAGUGCUCGAAGUGCAAGCAGAAGGGGCACAGCUACAAGCGUUGCACUAACCCUGCUGCUGACGAGGCCGACGACUUUGGCGCUGGUGGUGGCGCUGAUGCUGCUGCUGGAGGCUGGGAGGAUGGUGCCGGCGGCUUUGGUGCUGCUGCUGCGCCUUCUGGUGGCGAUGGAGGUUGGGAGGACAAUUCCUCAGCUCCAGUCGGCUCCUCGGGUGGAGGCUGGUAGAGCAGUAUGCUUGAGCCUUUGAGGUCUUGGGGCUGCAACACCAUUACGGCGUCAGCGGAGGAUGCUCGUCCAUGCGUCCGACUGGCCAACUUUGACACGAUGCGACCAGCACUGAAAGAAGAGGGCUUCAGAUAGAGGUCUAAAAGUCACGAAAUGAAAUCGUACCGCUCGUCGCCCCCUUCCCAUAUUCUUAUGUGCUUUUUAAGUUUUUCAUCCUCUCGCAAUUUUCGAGUCGCGUUUGAUGCUGCUUGCUGACCGCGCUGCAGAGAAUUGAAGGCCCGUCCUUCACGUCGUGCAAAUCGCCCAUUCCCAGAAUUUCAACUCUUUUUUCAAAGCCUCUUUUCCUAUUAUAAAAGAAGUACAAGGAACAGG